AUGCCUGUGUCGUCCGACAUUAAGCUGCAGCCGAACGUCGGCUCAGACCGCUCGUGGGUAUACAACGUGACGGCGGAUAUCUCCGACGGCGAGCCUGUGGCUGAGACGCUGGCGAUCCGCUUCGCCAACUCGGAAAACGCCGAGCUGUUCAAGAAGGAGUUUGAGGCGGCACAGGAGGCCAACAAGCAGGCAGCCGGUGAGAAGAAGGACGACAGCGAUGCGGCAGCCAAGGCCGGCGACGCCGACGCUGCAUCCAAGGCGGAGGAGAAGAAGGAGUAA